UAGUUGCAUUAUUUUCUUCACCAGGAUUUAAAUUCAGAAUGAAUGUUCAUCAUGUUCUGUUCUUCUGCUUCUUAUCAGCUCUGUGUGACGGAGACUCCGGGCUCGUCAGUGCCAACACUGAACUCAUCCACACUGAAGGAAGCAGCAUGACGGUCGCGUGCCACUUUACUCUCUCUGGAGGACGGAGAAAGUUCCUCUGCAAGGACGAGUGUAAAGAAGAAGAAGACAUUCUGGUGGAGACUGAAGGCGAGCGAGCUCAGAGCGGCAGAUUCAGUCUCUGGUACGAAGGAGGAACCUUCCCGCUGACUUCCACAGUUCUGCAUGUGAGCAUCGCACAGCUGACCAAGUCUGACUCGGGCCGGUACAGGUGCGGUCUGGAGAGACCGUUUCUACCUGAUUCAUACAGCGUGUUUGAGAUCACAGUUACAGAUGCUCUGCAGACUGUCCCUGAGGCCCUGAAGCAGCAGACUGAAGCAUCAGCUGCAGUUCACAGCAUUAAAGGUUACGUCCUGCCUCUGCUUGUGUGUGUCACUGUGUUUGUGCUGUUUGCUGUUGUUGUGUUGCUCCUGUUCAAACUGAAGACAAGUGAGUUGCAGCACCCUCCCACUCUUCAUUUACUGUCAGUAAAUAUUCAUCACAUUACAGAAACAAGCCAGUGUGUUUUUUCUACUCUGUGCUUCCCAGGUUUGAACACCAGAGGGCAGUCAGACGACAGAAACAUGGAGUCAACCACAUUUGAGAGGUCUUCUCCGAUCUCCAGAUGUGAAGCGUCCAGCAACCAUCGGGACAAAUUCUACUCCAACCUCUAACCUUUCAUUUUAUUUUAUUUGCAUUAUUUCUUUUUAUUGUUAUUAUUAAUUAUAACUAUAAUGACAUGA